UGGCUGAAUGUGCCGGGCGGGCUUGGGGGAAUCGCCUGGGCCUGAGGAAAGUGACGGGCGGGAGCGGAGAGCCUAGAGCGCAGCGGGGCCCGGUGCCGGUCGGGGUGGGGCAGCGGGGGCCUGGGAGCGAAGCUAGGGCGCUGCGUCGGUUUGGGGCUUUCCUCGGGGGCUGCUUUUUAGUUUUUAGGUCGAGGUUCCUGGUAGCCUUUGGGGGAGCCGGAGGUCGGGCUUGGGGAAUUAUCUGGGCCUCCCAUUGACGGACUUGGGGCAACAGGCACCCGAAGGCCUGGACAGACCGUAAGGGAAAUCCGCCAGCCCUCCGAAAAAGCGGGGAGGAGGCUCGGAUCGGGCUUUUUAAGAGCUGCUCUAGAGGGCAGCAGAGCUCUGGGCAGAGGAAGGUGGAAGUCGCAUUGGGUGUGGGGCGCAAGGGAAAUCCUCAGAGGGAAAAGGCAUUUUUUUCAGGCGGCCAGAAGCUUUUGUUACGGUUGUGGAGAGGUAGAUUCCGGGGGUAAUCGCAGGCUAGUGCUGAGUAACGCCGGAAGGAAGAGUAGUAAGUUAUUGAGGCAACUGAGCGGAGAGUACGGAAUCAACUCCAUGUGCGUUUUAAGCUUUGUACAAGAGUUUGUAUGAGGUCAUUUACCUGGGGGAAAGUUUAAGAGUAUCAAAGCAAAAGGCGCGGCAAAGAAUAACGAGCGUGGAUACCGAUUCUAGGAAAUCCAUUUCAUUCUCUAAUCUGUAGAAGCAUUGCAAAUUUGGGGGAGCAGUGCAGGAAGUCUGGGAGAUUUCACAGGAGGAGUUUCUACAGUUUGGGUGGCUUUUUGUGGUUCCCAGCAAGUGGCAUAGUUCCCAAUCUUGUUAGUUUGAGAACUGUUUAAUAGUGUAGGGUCAUCACCAGGAAGCUUGUACUUUCUUAAAAAAAGGGUGUUGGAGCUGGACUUCAGUCAGGUCCCUGGUGUUAAACAUCUUUCGCCUCCUUGUUGACCUACAUCCAAGCCCAGGCAGAGGCCAUGCAGAAAGAAGAACUGGGCAUGGAUGAGAAUCGCAACCCAGAAGAGGAGCUGCGUCUCCUGGGAGGAAAGAAGGAGAAAUGCCAUAACCUCAGCAACCGUAUCCGAACAGGAUCGUGGGAGUCAAACGGAUAUACUGCAAGUUCUGAGAUAGCUGAUGAGCCCAGUGUUCCCCUGAGUCCUUCCAACAGCCUUAACAUCCGCAAUCUCCAGCUGUCCGAGCGAGACCCUCCCCAGCAUACCCGCCGUUAUCCUCCUAAUUUCCAUCAUGGCCGGCCCUUCCGUGCUGCCUACCGCAAAACUUACCGAGGCAGCCCCUCAGACCGCAAGGAAUGGGGACCUAGCACUAAUGGCCACCACUGUGCUCCAGAGGGUCUUUCCAAUGGGCGAUGGCAACAUCGACGCCGUGGCUAUUCUGACUCACCCUCCCCGUUGUCUUCCCCCGAAUUGGAACGAGUCAGCACUAUCAAAGCCAGUGAGAAGCCCGCUGUUACAUCUAAUGCCUCCAGUGUAACCACUGAGGAAUCUGAGAAGGAAACAUGGUCGCUCUUUCGGCCCCUUCCUGCUUUCCCAGUUGAUAGCAGCAGUGCCAGGAUCAUUCCCAAGAUCUCUUAUGCCAGCAAGCUGAAAGAGAACUUGGAUCAACCAGGCAAAGCCUGUCAUGUUCCAGCCUCAGCUGUCCGCACCACUAAUAGCCUCCCCAACUGUGUCUUGGCACCGCCCCCCAGCAGUCCCCCACCAUCUGAUAGCAGUCGGCGGCAGCACCUGGGAGCCAUCUUCCAAAAUGAGUGGGGCCUUUCCUUUAUCAAUGAGCCAGGAGCCGGGCAUGGAGGGGGUGGUGGAACAGCACCAGUCAAGGAGAUAGAAGAUGCAAAUGCUGGAGCGUGUUGGGAAAACAUGGAAGCCAAUGACUGGCAGGCUGCAAGAAAUUAUCACUUGGAAGAGUGGAGCCAUAUAUGGGAACUACACAGUCAAGCUCCUAGCAGAGUGAUGGUCUACUCGGAAACCUUGGAUGGGAAGGGUUAAUUCCAAGAAUAUCCAGGGGAAACACUGCUAAGAUAUGGGGGAUGUAUGGGGAGAGGCAAGGCAACCUACCCUACCCCCUUGAAGAUUGGAGCAGUCCAGGCGUCUUGAAAGGGGAAGCUAUGCCACCUGCCUACCUCCCUUCCCUUGCUGUUUUAGCCUAAAUUGUCCUGGGUGAGGAUCAUGCUUCACCCAUUCCCCACCAUCUCUCUCUAUCUCUGACUCAAUGCUCUGGUUUUUAAUUUCUUCACAUGGUUUUUAAUUUCUCUGGAUUCCCCUGAAAAUAAAGGCAAAAAAAGAAUUUAUUUAAAUUCA